CCCGGGAUCACCUCCUUAUGUGGAAGUAGGUUGACAGUCUAUGGUUGCGCUCACAACAAACGUCAAUGUCACAGUGUCGUGGGAUGAGAGGACAGUAAAAGUUCUAGAUAAUGGAGGACUAUCCAUUAAAAACUUUGGAGAUCGUUUGUCUUGGCUCAAGCCUGGCUCUCUCUGGUCUCUUCUACUACAUCUACAGAAAGAAACGGAAAACGGUGGACAAGCUUAAUGACGCACCCCAAUUAGCACUUGAUGAGGAACUGGCCAAUCUUCUCAACCAGGCCCCAGGGAAAUGCCUGCAAUAUGUAGUCAUUGAAGGCGCCGUGCAGCCGAUCGGCGAGCCCCUGAGGAGCCAGUUCCAGGAGGCCAGCGUGGGCGUCAUCCAGAAGCUGGUGCUCCGGGAACACAAGCUAGUGUGGAACAGCCUGGCACGCACCUGGACGGACAGCGAGCGCGUGCUGCACCAGCGGGUCAACGCCGUGCCCUUUAACCUGGUGGGCUCGGGCCAGGCGGCGGUGCGCGUGCUGUGCCCGCUGGAGGCCACGGGCCCCGAGAUGGAGGUGAUCCACGAGAAGUUCCACCAGGCCACCUACGGCUUCACCGACCUCAUCGGACAGUACCUGAGCGGGGAGAAGCCCAAGGGCCAGCUGGAGACCGAGGAGAUGCUGAAGGUGGGUGCAGCACUGACCGGCGUGGGCGAGCUCAUCCUGGACACGGACCGGGCGGUGAAGCUGCGGCCGCCGGCCGACGGCUCUGAGUACUUCCUGAGCACGGGCGACUUCGAGGCGCUGCGCCUGGAGCAGGAGGGCCAGGCGCUGGUGUGGCGGGCGCUGGCGGGCACGUGCGCCCUGGCCGGCGUGGCCGUGCUGCUGUGGGCGGCGCGCCGCUACUACCGCCGCCUGCAGGUCAAGUGGGAGCGCGAGCGGCUGCGCCGGGAGUUCGAGCGCCUGGGUACCCGCGGUGGCGGCGCCCGGGCCACGUCGCCCUCCUCCUCGGCGGCGUCGGGGGCGAACGGAGGAGAGGAGGAGGAGGAGGGGGAGAUGGAGCCGCUGGAGAACGCCUGCGUGGUGUGCCUGAGUAACCCGCGCAGCUGCGUGCUGCUGGACUGUGGACACGUGUGCUGCUGCUUCAGCUGUUACCAGGCGCUGCCCCAGCCCACAUGCCCCAUCUGCAGGCAGACCAUCAAGAGGGUGGUGCCCCUCUACCAGGUCUGACACACACACACACACACACACACACACACACACAGGACUCAAGAAGGACUGGAGGAAGGUAUGCAUCCUAACUCCUACCAUGGACAUGUACUGUCUUUCUCUCUCGCAGACACACACACACACACACACACACACACACACACACACACACACACACACCUGGGUUUUACUGACAAUACUGCCGGUCUAAGCACUCAUCACUAAAGAGGUGUGUUUGUAGAGGGAGCCUGUUUGGUUGACAGAUGUCAGAUGCAAAGAAUCAGAGUGUCACUCCUAUUUCAUACAUCCACCUCCAGCUGACCUUCCCAGACAACACAGACAAACGCAUGCUCUGUGCACAACCUCAUCCAAACAGUUGGCCGUAUGACUUCUCUUUACAUACCAUGUCUGAAACAGGCACGGUAUAGAGGGACAGAGUAAAAACCUAAAUAUGUAAGCAUGUGUAGACGUACACAUACGCGUACUGUACACACGUACAUACGUGUGCAAAUAUUAUUUAAUGUGCAUCUGCACACCUGUUGGGGGCUGCUUUCUGUAGAUAGUGUAAAUUCAUGGCAGCAGUGCAUUUAGUGCAGUAGGCACUGUCAUAUGUCCUGUGUAAUAGUCCAUGAGGUAUUAAGUUGACCGACCAUACGCACAAGUUCUGCAUCUAUCAAAUGUGAAUUUACAGUAGAAUGGUUACAUCAAUCUUCCUCUCACUUAAGUAUUGGGGACCUCUCUCAAGAAAUGUAUUUGUAGAUACCAGUCACUUAAGAGGAUUGUACCCUUCCACCUUUAAAAUUUAGAGAUGUUAUUUUCAUACUAUUGUGAGCUUUGUGCCUUAAUUUGUUAAUAAAAAUAGCUGCUUUAUGACA